GCGGGCGGGGACGGCGCGGGCGGCGCGGGACGCAGCAUGGGCGGCCAACGGGCCUGGGCGCUGCUCUGCCUUGGGCUCCUGCUCCCGGGAGGCGGUGCCGCGUGGAGCGUCCAGAGCUCCCGGUUCUCCGGACGCAGCAAAUCACCCUGGGCUCAUGACCCCAGACUGAGGCAGGCCCUAGGACUUCUGAGCACCUGGAAUGUCCUGCCACUGCAGAGGAACUGGUGCUCAUAUGUGGUGACCCGUACUGUCUCAUGCCAUGUACAGAAUGGAACCUACCUCCAGCGAGUGCUGCAGAACUGCCCGUGGCCCAUGAGCUGCCCCGGGAACAGCUACAGAACUGUGGUAAGGCCCAUGUACAAAGUGAUAUACAAGACAGUGACUGCCCGUGAAUGGAGGUGUUGCCCUGGACAUUCAGGGGUGACCUGUGAGGAAGGCUCCUCUGGCUUUGUGGAGCCUUCAUGGUCAGGCAGCACCAUGCAGCGGAUGGCACUUCGGCCUGCAGCCUUCUCAGGUUGUUUCAACUGCAGCAAAGUGUCUGAGCUGACAGAGAGGCUGAAGGCGCUGGAGGCCAAGGUGGCUGUGCUGAGUGUCACAGAGCAGACAGUCUCCCCGAUUCCAGCUACCCCUGAAGACCCUGCCCCACUCUGGGGUUCCCCAGCUACCCAGAGCAGUCCCAGAGAUGGAGGCUUGCAGGACAGAGUCCAUACUUGGGGGCUGCCUGGGCCUGCUGGCCCCAAGGGAGACACUGGCAGCCGGGGCCCAGCAGGGAUGAGAGGCCCACCAGGUCCACAAGGCCCCCCAGGGAGCCCUGGCCAAACUGGAGCUGCAGGCACCCCUGGAAAGAUGGGACCUCCAGGCCCUCCAGGGCCUCCUGGUCCUCCAGGUCCCCCAACCCCUGUUGGGCCACCCUAUGCCCGGAUCUCCCAGCAUGGGGAUCCAUUACUGUCCAACACCUUCACUGAGACCAACAGCCACUGGCCCCAAGGACCCACUGGGCCUCCAGGCCCUCCAGGUCCCCCAGGGCCCAUGGGUCCCCCUGGACUUCCUGGACCCACAGGUGCCCCUGGGAGUCCUGGAAACAUGGGUCCCCCAGGCCCUUCUGGACCCAAAGGAAUCCCUGGCCGCCCAGGAGAGAAAGGCGAGAGAGGACUGCCUGGAGAACCUGGUCCACAAGGUUUUAUGGGGCAGCAGGGAGAACCUGGCCCCAAAGGAGACCCUGGUGAGAAGAGCCAAUGGGCUCCUAGCUUACAGAGCUUCCUGCAGCAGCAGGCCCAGCUGGAGCUCCUGGCCAGACGGGUCACCCUGCUAGAAGCCAUCAUCUGGCCAGAACCAGAGCUGGGGUCUGGAGCAGACCCUGGUGGCACGGGCACCCCUAGCCUCCUUCGGGGCAAGAGGGGAGGACACACAACCAACUAUCGGAUUGUGGCCCCCAGGAGACACAAUGAGAAGGGCUGAGGGUGGUAGUGACCGUUGUUCAGGAUUUCAUACCGGGCUUCCCUCCCUAGCCUAGACUUGGCCAACUGCCUCGGGGACUGCCAAUUCAUAUUUAUUAACGUCCUCAGGGACCCCUCUGCCAUCUAGGCCUUAGGGGUAGGCAGGUCUUUGUCAUAGCAGCCUGUACAUUUCAGACUGAGCAGGGACUAGGGCCUGAGAGGAAGCAGUAAGACCUCUUUGGAGCUGGCCUAGUUCCCUCUGAGAAAUGGAAUGAAAAGGCCUUGACUGCAGGAACAAGGUACAAGGUUUUCUUCAUCUUCUCAGCUCUUCAAAGCAGGGAGCUGGCAGUCUGCCUGGCCCUCAGGACAUGUGGGGAUGGGGUCGUUAGUCUCUUGGUCCCCUCCUUCCAAACCUUGGGGAGUCCUCGUGUUUUCUGGUGCUGGGUUCCUACCCGAGUACAGGCUGCUUAGAUCCUGACUGAAUAUUGGUGCUCCUUACCUUAGUUCUACCCCAAGUACCAGUUCCUCCCCAGUGUCCCAUGUAUGGAUGAGAUGUACAAAAGUGGAACUCUGACUCCAAGUGCCUGUUGCAGAUGCCAAGAAUUGUUAUGUACUGGACAAUAAAGGCCCCCUUCCUGCCCA